AUGAGGAGGGAGAAUCAGAGCAGUGUGUCCCAGUUCCUGCUCCUGGGGCUCCCCAUCCGGCCAGAGCAGCGGGGCGUGGUCUUCGCCCUGUUCCUGGGCGUAUACCUGACCACGGUGCUGGGGAACCUGCUCAUCAUCCUGCUCAUCAGGCUGGACUCUCGCCUCCACACCCCCAUGUACUUCUUCCUCAGCCACUUGGCCUUCUCUGAUGUCUCUUUCUCAUCUGUCACUGUCCCUAGGAUGUUAACGAGCAUGCAAACUCAGGAUCAAUCCAUCCCCUAUGCAGAAUGCAUAGCACAGAUGUAUUUCUUCAUAUUUUUUACUGUUCUGGACAAUUUCCUUCUCACCUCAAUGGCAUAUGAUCGGUACGUGGCCAUCUGUCACCCUCUGCACUACACCACCAUCAUGAGAGAGGGACCGUGCACCUUACUAGUCACUGUAUCUUGGAUUCUGUCCUGUGCCAGUGCCCUGUGUCACACCCUCCUCCUGACCCAGCUGUCGUUUUGUGCUGACAACGCCAUUCCCCAUUUCUUCUGUGACCUUGAUGUCCUGCUCAAGCUCUCCUGCUCAGACACAUCGCUCAAUGAGCUGGCCAUCUUCACAGUAGGAAUGGCAGUCAUUAUCCUCCCACUUACAUGCAUCUUGAUCUCUUAUGGCCGCAUUGGGGCCGCCAUCCUGAAGGUUCCAUCCACCAAGGGCAUCUGCAAAGCCUUGUCCAAAUGUGGCUCCCACCUCUCUGUGGUAGCUCUGUAUUAUGGAACAAUUAUUGCCCUGUAUUUUUUCCCAUCAUCCAGCACGGCCAGCGACAAGAACAUAAUUGCCUCUGUGAUGUACACAGUGGUCACACCACUGCUGAAUCCUUUCAUUUACAGCCUAAGGAACAGGGACAUAAAGGGGGCCCUGGACAAACUCUUCAACAGGGCAAUAGUCUUGUCUCAAUGA